AUGCUGUCAUGGGCAUCCAGGGAACUCAUCGAACGACUGAGUUCCUCUGCCCUCUACUCGAGCCCCGCGAACACACUCCCAGAUGUGUUCUCGCUCGAUGAGAAACAACACCACACAUGCCUCAAGGCUGCUCAGUUGCUGACCCGGACCUCCGAGCCGACAAAGAUUGAAGACUUGACAAAGCUUCUGCAACCCCUUGACAUCCUGUUUGGUGGCGUAAACAUCGCAGACGAGGCCUACAGAAGCAUGAAGGAAGUGGCGUUCGUCCACGACGUCUUGGCACCCAUCGGUUUAUGCUGCGGCUCAUGGCCGGGUGUGGCCCACGCUGUCGGGUCUGGCUUUUUGGCCUUCAUCAUGCAAGAUGUGAUGGCCGUCUGCGACGGGAUCGGGAAAUUGCUCAUUCCCCUCUUGGCUCAGAAGGACAAGCUCAACAAGCUCGCGGAGUCGAAGACUUCCGGACCGGGA